GCUGCUGAGUGAGCUCAAGAUGAAGCUGCUGCUUGGUUUGUUUGUUCUGGGGGCGACGCUGGGGGUCCUUUAUUCUGCCCCAGAGGACGAACCCACCGGCAUCUCAAAGGACACCUUAAAACAGUUGUCCCUGGAUGGGGAGAAACUUGUGGACGAGGAGGUGAGGCGGGCUCUGUACGGGGUGAAGCAGAUGAGGGAGGUGAUGUGGAGGAACGAGCAGAAACACGAACACCUCAUGAAGUCUCUCCGACACAGCAGUGACAAGAAGAAGGAGGCAGACCAGCUGACUAAGGAGGUGAAGCAGAAGCUGCAGGAGGCCGAGCAGCAGUGCAAAGAGUCCCUGCAGUCUGAGUGGAAGCAGUGCAGGCCCUGUCUGGAGGACGCGUGCAAAACGUUCUACACCUCCACCUGCCGCAGGGGAUAUGGCUUCUUCCAUGCCAAGGUGGAGAACUUCUUCCGCAGAGUGUCUGGGCGCUUCGGCCCCAAAGAGGCCCGUCUGGAUGCAGGGGACAUCCUGGUGAACCAGGGCCUCGAGGACAGCGACGAGGACAGCGACAUGGAGGCGGACCGCAUCGAGGAGUCCUUCAGCAGCCUGAGCAGCAGGGUCGGGGGGCUGGUGAACCGCAGCGUGGGGCUGGUCUCCACAAUGAGCGGCCGGCUGGACCAGGUCCUGCAGAAAGCCUUCCUGAACUACACCGACUCCCUGAUGGAGGAGGACACCGUGGACCCCUACGACCCGGCCCGGGACUCCAGCUUCCUGCAGGGGGUGGGACUGGAGGACGUUCUGGAGUCCUUCUUCGACUUCGGCAAGAGUGUGGUGGAGGAGUUUGGAGCUGUGGUGACCCAGAGGUUUGAGGACAUCCAAAAGGCGGUGGAGGAGCAGAAGAAGAAAGGGAGGGAGAUGUUCCCUCGUUUCCUGCAGAACAGGAAGUUGUGCCGGGACCUUCGCAAACAUACCUCCGAGUGCUGGCAGCUGCAGAGCCAGUGUGAGGCCUGUCAGGGAGCGCUGCUCACAGAGUGCCCCAGCGUCCGGGACCUGCAUGUGGAGCUGGAGGAGGCCUCCCAGAUGUUGGAUGUUUCCACAGAGCAGUACGAUGAGAUCCUGUCCAUCGUCCAUCACCACACUGAUGAGACCGUCAACUGGCUGAGCAACAUGGCGGCCGACUUCAGCUGGGUGGCUCAGUCUGUGAACAGCAACACUCCUGAAAAUAUCUUCAGUGUCAACGUGGUGGCACCAAACACCCAGGAUGAACAGAAUGAAUCUGAGACGGAGACCAAGGUGGAGGUGAACAUCCUGAACUCUCCCCCAAUCAUCUUCUCUGUCCCUGGGGAGCUGAAGCUGAGGGACCCCGCCUUCAUCCAGUAUGUGACUCAGGAGGCUCUGAGCAAGUACAAGGAGAUGGUCAGGUACGGUGAGGAUGAGUAAACUACAGUCUCCUUUUCUAAACUUCUACCAGCACUUUAUUUUAAGAUUAGAAAUAGCUUGUGCUCC